UUCAGGGUGGGUUCAUAAGACAGUGCCUCUGAGAGCUCUAGACCAGACCACCACAAGGCAUCAAGAUGGCGAAAGCGAGUAAAAAGACGCACAAUCUGACACAGGAUGUUGAACCAUCAACCUCAACUGCCAAACCCAAAAGAGUAAAGAUUUGCCAUCAUCAGUCCUGUUCCAAAGGUAGCAAGAAGAUAAGAAGGCCCAAGGUGCAGAAGCCUAAGAAGAAGAGCAAGAAAACACUGCCAAGCAUGCCUAACAGAAAGACUAGUAAGAAAACUACUUCACCUAAAAAAAGGACCAAUAAAGGCAAGGGGAAAGAACUAUUUAGUCACUACCACCUUUUGUUGAAAGAGCUGCCAACAGGUACUGGGAAGGAGCCUGAACAUAGCAGCACUGAGAGCUUAAUCAGCAAGUGAUUAAGAAUGCCAGUAGACUCAGCAUGCCAAGCAAAGACCUGGAAAUCUGUGAAAAGAUUUGGCAGCUGAGCAAUGCCAAACUGUGUAGUCUCAAUAUGUAAGUACUACACAGUGCUUUGAAACUGAAGAAAAUAAAAUCAAUCUGAUAUGAAAA